CGAAGAAAGACAGCAUCAGCAUUGACAGCAUGUUUCAUGUUUCUAUGCUGAAGAGAAAAAAAAACGGAUACCGAAAGCAUUAAUUGAUUCAACGGCACAGUUCACCGGAACGUACAAUAACCCUUCGAAUAUACUAGGAAGGUCGUUUUUAAUUAACAGAAGAUACAUACUACUGAUAUAAAGAUGAAACGUGGAGCACUAAUAGUUAUUGAGGGGGUGGAUAGGACAGGAAAGUCGACUCAAGCCAGAACGCUUGUUGAGAAUUUGAAAAACAAGAACAUCCAGGCUGAGUACACAAAUUUCCCGGCCAGAAACACAGAUGUUGGGAAAAUUAUAAAUAAUUACUUGCAAAUGAAGAAUGAUUUAUCAGAUGAAGUAAUCCACUUGUUGUUCUCAGCAAAUAGAUGGGAAAGAGCUAAGAAUAUAAUUAAGAAAUUAGAAGCCGGCACCACAAUCAUUGUAGAUAGAUAUUGCUACUCUGGGGUUGCAUUCUCGGCCGCUAAAGGUUUAGAUUUCAAUUGGUGCAAGUCUCCUGAUGUAGGUCUCCCGAAACCAGAUAAAGUGUUCUUCCUCACAAUGCCUGUUGACUCCAUCAAAGAAAGAAAUGGCUUUGGAAAUGAAAGGUAUGAGGUACUGAACUUCCAAAAGAAAGUAUCUGAAACCUAUCAGAAGUUAAAAGAAGACAACUGGGAAGUUUUAGAUGCUAACAGGUCUAUUGAGUCCAUCCAAGAAGAUUUGUUGCAGCAAUCACUGAACAUUAUCAAUGAUGUGCCAGAGAAGCCUAUAGGCAAGCUUUGGAAAAAGGAAUGACAUCCAAAGUACUUACUUAAUAACAAAUGUACAAAGUAAGGCCGUAUACAGAAAGAAAGCUGGAAGAAGCUGGCGCUUGGCAGCGCUGGUAA